AUGACUUCGUCUGUCAUCACAUCUGCAAUCAAAUCUGUCCAAAGCCACAUUGCAUUCGAGGAUAGUAAGCCUAUACAGCCAAAGUAUCCACGAACUCACUCCCAUUCACAAGAACAGGAACAGGAACAGGACGAACUAAGUGACAAGUAUGAACCUCCUUCCUCUUCUUGCGUCGGUUUGAACUCUCACCGUCCAUCCCGAUUGUCCGUUACUAGCCAUUCAUCCACAGCACGAAAUUCAACUUUUUCAACUUCAUCGUCGGAGUUGGUUUAUGAAUCACAUGAAGCGUUAUUAAAACAAGUUACACCUCAGCUUCCCACUCCACAUGUCUGCAAUAACACCGACUUGCCAAUUACUCCCAUCUCUAAACGUCAAAAAGUUGCUGAAGAAAUUUUGGAAACCGAACUCCGAUAUGUCGACUGUCUGACAAUACUGAAUGAUAUUUACUAUGCUCCUUUGCUUGAAGCAUGUGGAACACCAAACGAGAUUAUUGCAAAAAAGUUCAUCACCGAGGUUUUCUCCAAUCUGAAAGAUAUAUUCGGUGUGAACUGUGAGCUAAAAAAACAGCUCAAGGAGCGUAUCAAAUCUAAACCAUUUGAUCCCGAUACAACAUGCAUCGGCGAUAUUUUUUUGAUGUUGGCAAGUGAAGCUUUGAAACUAAUCUAUCUUACACCUUAUCUUAAAAUGUACUCUCUCUACGUGAAGAAUUUCAACCAUGCGAUCGCACUUGUCUCGGAUAUUUCUCAAAAAAACACUACCUUUGCAACAUUUAUCAAGGAGCAAGGAAUGAAACCUGAAUGCAAAGGAAGAAUUUUUCAAACAUUCCUAAUUGAGCCGGUACAGCGCAUUCCAAGAUACAAACUACUUCUUGAAGAUCUACUCAAACGCACGCCUACGCAACACCCCGACCAUAUUGGUGUGGUUAGAGCACUUAAGCUUGUGUCGCAAGUUGCUACGUUUGUAAAUGAAGAUAUACGUAUGCAUGAGAAUGUGCUGCAAAUGAUCGACAUUCAAAAGGGACUAGCUGGUUUAAAUGAGUCUUUGCUGGCCCCAGGUCGUCGGUUUAUUUAUCGAGGUGCUGUCACGAAAAUUUCACGCAAAAGCCAUCAAGCACGAGAGCUUAUUCUGUUUUCGGAUGUGCUUAUAUAUGCCAGUCCUGGUUUGCUAGAGGAUCAAUUUCUAUUUCAUCGCAAGCUUCCACUUGAUCAAUUUCGAGUAGAGCAUGUUCCAGAUACGGAAACAAUCAAAAAUGCUUUUCAAAUAGUGGCCAGUGAAAAAUCCUUUGCAGUAUAUGCCGAGACUUUUGAGCAAAAAAGCAAAUGGAUCGAAAUUUUAACAAGCACAACUGCAGAAUGGUGUGCAUCGCUUCAGUCAUUUAAAACGGCAAAAUCUGCACAAACACAUCAAUGCGACUAUGUUGCUCCAGUUUGGGUCCCCGAUAACAGAACCGACAAGUGCCAUAUAUGCAAACAAGAAUUCACUUUGUUUCAUCGUAAACACCACUGUAGAGCAUGUGGAAACAUUGUUUGCGGCUCAUGUUCGACCAAAUCAUUUUAUAUUCCCCAUGGUCAUGGUGAACGACUGGAGCGAUGUUGUGAUAUGUGCUUCAAGGAUAUAGUACGCGAUCAAAAGUUUCGUGUUCAGAUUCCUCAUCCGCUAUCGAUCGAUGAUGAAAGAACCGAGCUUCCUGCUUCUGCGCCUAGUGCAAUGAAAAGGACUACGCUUCCACGUCGAUCCAAAGCAGUUGAUUUUGCUCCGAGUACAGUUAGCGAUAGUUCGGAAUCAUCUAUACUUAGUAUCAAGGGAUCACUUUUGUCAUCAUCAAUGGCUGCUUCCACUGCCACUCUGUGGGGUGCAUUGCACCCCGAUCUGCCUAACGGUUGCUCGCUCUGUUGUGGGAUAUAUACGUAUUUACGUCCAAUGCAACUUUGCACCAAGUGUCAUCGUGAUAUUUGCUCACAAUGUCUUUCUCGCAGCAGUAAAACUCUGUGCGAUCCAUGUUCUAGAGGUCUUGAAUCAGACGCGGUUAUUAUUCAUGAGCCUGGUGGUGGAUGGAGUUUUCAACCGACUAUUGGAAAUACUUGACCUCGAUCAUGACUGUAACUCUAUUUUUGAAUCUUUUUAUAUUCCAUCUGCUUGCUUUUUGCAAUUGUUUUUUCCCAAUGUGCUCCCUUUUUAAUGCUUUUUGAAAAUUAAUUAUUCCAAGUCUCUUUUGAAUACCUUGUUCAAUUCCAAAAAUAUUUUUUCCAACCACUAUAUGCCUAUCUCUAUCUAUCAUCACCAGUUUAACCUCAAUUCUGGUGAUAACUUAUUUUAAAUUUGAAAAUGAAUUGUUUACAAUCGUAUUCACGU